GCUACCGACAGAGCCCAGAGAGACAGAGCCAUGAAUGUCAAGGAGGGAACUGUUAAUUACGAAAAGUCCUCAUGCCUGCUAUUGCUGCUAUUGGCAGUGGGUCUUGGAUUGCAAUCAGUUGUGGGGGCAGCGCCAUCAGAAAGUAUCCAAGGUCGUAUCAUAUCGGGAUCCCAAGCAGUGGCUGGUCAGUUCCCCUGGCAGGUGAUCCUCAAGCGAGACGAAUGGGAUGAUCUGCUCUGCGGCGGUUCAGUGAUCUCUUCCAAAUGGGUGCUGACUGCGGCCCACUGCGCCUAUGGCCAUACUUCGCUCUUUCUCAUUUUCGGCACCAUCGAGUUGAACGACGAAAAGGCACAGAAUAUGACAUCCACCACGUUCUUUGUGCAUCCGAAUUACAAUGAUAAGAUGAACAACGAUGUGGCCUUGAUCCAGCUGCCGCAGCCUUUGGUCUUCACCAAAAGCAUUCAGCCCAUCACUCUGGUGACACAGUCCCAGAAAUCCAAUAACUUUGUGGGCACUUCGGCCGUCGUAGCAGGAUACGGAUUGAUGGAUGACGAGUACCUCGACUAUUCACAGACACUGAUGUUCGCCCGCGUGACGGUCAUCGAUAACGGCGAGUGCUUGCCCGUCUUUGGAGCCUCCGUUGUCCUGGACUCAACUCUGUGUGCCGAGGGCUCGGAUGGCAGCAAUAUGUCCAUAUGCAGCGGCGAUUCUGGCGGUCCUUUGAUCACGUACAACUCCAGCACAGACCAAUGGCUGCAGAUUGGCAUUAACUCCUUUGUGGCCGAAGAUCAAUGCACCGCCGGGUAUCCCUCUGGCUAUGUUCGUUUGACCUCGUUCUUGGACUUCAUUAGCACAACCACAGGCAUUAUAUUGGACGAUUGAAUGCGAAUUUAAUGUAAUUAUUAAAAAGUCACUAAAGCUUAUUCGAAAAAACCCCAGA